AGUCCGCUGAGUGAACUCCACCCAAUCAGAAGUAUACACCGCAGCUUCCCCAGCCUUAGAGAUGUCCGGUCAGCGCAAGAAGAUCACUCCGAUGUUCAACGACUUCCUGUACGAGGCCAUCAAGAGGAUCGCCGUCGAGCAGGGCUUCACGCCGGAACUGUUUUCGGUGGACUUUGACGAGGAGACCUGUCUGGAGUGCGAUGGGUUUGUGAGUUUCGUGUUCAAGGCGAUAAUCAACGGGGACGAUCGGGAGUUUGUGCUGUGGUGCAAGGUCCCUCCGAAUGAUGACCCGCGGUCGUUGGCUCUUUUUAAGCGCGAGGUGUUCUUCUACCGCGAAGUGUUGCCAGCGUUCUACGAGUUCCAGGCGGAAAAGGGACUCGGAGAGGAACAGCAGCAGCCGGGGGAGGCUGGGUUUUACAGUGCACCGAGGUGUUAUCUUGCGCAUUGUGAUACGGAGAAGGAGGAAAGUGAGGCGGCUAUUAUUUUGGAGUACGACGAGAACUACGAACGGUGGGACUGGGACAAGUUUGAGCCGAUCAAUGUGGAGCACUCGAAGCUGUUGAUGGAACAGUUGGGCAGGUUGCACGCGAUCUCUUUCGCUAUGAAGGAACAGAAGCCGGAGAUGUUCAGCAAGUUCCACGCCAAAGACGUGCUGGUGGAGAACAAUGAUCUGGUUACGCUGAUGAAGGAGUCGUUCGACCGGGCGUUGACCACCAUGAGGACUCGCUUCGCGGCGGAUCAGGACAAAAUUCAGCGGAUAAAGGAUGUCGUGUUUCAGCAGCUGACCGACUGUGGCAACCCGGACAAAUCGGAACCGUACUGUGUCGUCAGCCACGGCGACUGUUGGAUCAAUAAUCUUAUCUUCACUCAUGACGAGGACAACGCGGCCAAAAGUGUAAUCUUGACCGACUGGCAGGCGUCGCGAUACGCGAGUCCACUGCUCGAUUUGGGCUACUUUUUCUUCAUCUGCACCAGUGGCCAGUUCCGGCGGGAGCACCUGGACGAGCUUCUGCAGCACUACCACGGUGCCCUGCGGGACCUGCUGGACCGGCUCGGCGGAGAUACGGCACGGCAGUUUCCGUUUACGGCGCUGCUUCGGCUGGUGAAACCGUACCGGGACGCGAUGCUCGAUGGGCAAUAGGAGGGGGCCAGGAAGAGUCAAGCAAUUUUCUUGGACGUAAUAUUGGAUAGAUUUGCACUAUGCGUUCAUAAAGUACAAAUGAGAUAACAAUUUGAUGGUCAUACAAAAGUCAAUAAAACAUUAAUUUCCUGGAAGAAA